CCAGGAUUGAGGGGCUGGAGUGGAAUCUACAAGGCGAGGGGCAAGAGGCCAAGUUAGAGCCGAGGCUGGGGGCAGCCUGUGGCAGGAGCCAGGCAGAGUUAGGCUUCCUGACCUUGGCUGUUUGUGUUAAGCGUUGCAGAUUGGUGCCUCCUCCCACGGGGCGCCAAAUGUUAGGAAAAGAGGCAGUGUAUGAAAAUUCGGUCUGGCUGUAUUUAUCUGGAGAAAAUCUGUAGAGGUGGGUGACCAGCUGCCCGCAUGCACCUUGAUGGAACACGUGGCCAGAGGCCCUGGCCCCCAGGACAGUCAAGACCAAGUUCCAUUCAGGACGAGUAGCCCUGCCUUUGCUGGGAUGCCAAGUGAGUGGGACAUGCCGUCGGCAAUGAGAAACGCCCGCCCUUAAGCUUGGGUCCUUGCUCGUCUUCGCCAGAAACCAGAGAUGGAGGAGUUGGCAUCUGGGACCAAGAAGAGGGUCCUUCCGUCCUGGAUGACAGCCCAGGCGGCGGAGAAGAGAAGGGCGCCCGUACAGACCCCCAAGAGGAGGAGAAUGGCCGCAGUGGCCGCAGCCAGACCCACAGGGAGGACGGUGUACUGCAUGAAUGAGACAGAACUUGUGAAUGUGGCUCUGGGGAUCCUGAUCGAGGACCGCAAACAGGAAAAGGCCGGGGAGCUGCCGUCUCUGCCGGGCGCCGAUAAGCCGGAGAGCUCCCCCUCCCCGUCUCCUCACACGAGCUCUGGGAGCAGCAGUGAGGAAGAAGAGGGAGAGGACGAUGCCCCCGCGCCAGGCCUCCGCCCUCCCAACGCCGCUGGCGGCAGGAGACCUGGGGAGGAGGAGGAAAAGAAGGAGGAAGAGGAAGACGUGCUAAAAUAUGUCAGGGAGAUAUUUUUCAGCUGAGGUUCUCGGAACUGCCCGGGCCUCCUUGGUCCUGCCAGACCCGC